GGGAUUAUCACAUUGCCGAAACGAAUCCAAAGGAUUUGCAGCAGCAUUUUAGGCCUCAUUUUGUCAAUACCACAACUCAUACGACGAACUGGGCGGAUUUUGCUCGCAAUAGCCCUAUGUUUUCACCCGCAAAAUCUGCGGGCACUUUUUAGAAAUGUUUACAAUGCUAUACUGUCUCUUCCACUUUUGUUACGACGACUUGGUAAAGCUUUACUGACAGUUGCCUCGUGGUUUCAUCCCCGAAAUCUCCGGAAACUUUGUAAGAGUAUUUACAAUGCAGUACUGUCACUACCACAACGUUUACGACAAGUAGGCACAGCUUUAUUGAGCUUGGCCUUGUUGUGCCAUCCCCGAAAUAUUCGGAAACUUUCUCCAAGAGUCUUGUUAAAUAAUACCAGACACACGUUAAAGGCGCUCCGAAAGAGGUGUCAUCCAGAAAAUAUACGAAAGUGUUCUUUAAGACAGCGUUGUCUUAGGGUUGUGGUCAAAAUGGCUGUAUACACGGUGGGGAUUAGUUGUUGUUUGUGUAUACUUACGGUGAUCCUGGUUGAGGAAGUCAGAGCAGAGGGACUGAGGAGUCUCAGACUAGUGGAGUUUGACGCCAGAAUUUUCCAAACUGCCGUACCCAGUGUCCGCAGGGUUGUCAUUGUGGAAGAGCAUCAUGAAGUGUUGAAAUACUGGUACGAAGCCGCCCAAGACGGUAUCAUUCCAGAAGAAGGCUUGACCUUGUUACGCUUUGACAGUCAUUCAGGUGUGUCCCCGCUGGCUCACAUGGACAAGACGUUUCCUUUGUUCCACUGGCCAACUAGACUGGAGGAACUACAUCACAUGAUUCAGGAGAGUGAUGACUUCGUCAUGGCGGCUGCUUUGACAAAAUUAUUCAAGAGAUACGUGUGGGUCUGGCCUUCAUGGAAUGCCAAGAACUACGCCAGCAUUUCUGGAUAUGAGGCUUAUGUCGUGCACAUAGGCUGGACAAAUCGCUUUUCUGCGGAGGACAAGCGUGAAUAUAGAGAGAUCUGUGGCUGUCUGAUGAAUGACAAGCGUAACGAGUGUCGCAUGAGAGAUUACCGAAACCCUAAGAAUUCCAGCUUCGGUCUCAGUAUUACACAAGAAGAAUGCAAUGUAGUUCACCGCGGGAUUUUGGAGGUUGUGCGCGAUGAUGUGGCACAGGAAAAGUUGGAAACCGAAAUCGACUGGUUAAAACCAGACGAACCAUUGCUAUUAGAUAUUGAUGCCGACUUUUACGGGUCGUCCAGUCCCGAGGUAGAACUAAGGGAAGUCGGUGUGACGAAGCAAUUCGUCCAUAAUAUAAGUCUCGUGGUUGGACGCAUUGUUUGUGCGCGCUCUGCGCAACAAGAGACGGCUGCUGAUAGGCUGUUCGGAAACUUGAUCAACACAGCCCAGCGGUAUAGACACUGCAUGUUCCGGGCGUGCCCAGAUUCCAUGAAUUUCGUGCAGCUAACACAAACUGCUUUGACUCUGGUCACCGACAUGGAAUCCGAAUCCGAUUAUUACGGCAUGUUUUGUACACACAACAAGCGUAAACUUCAAGCUUUACUGGAAAUCCUUUUGAAACUCUUACUGCAGCUGACGUCGCAGCAAUUGCACCGACUAAGAUGGGUUGGUUUCUGUUUGCAGACCUCUACCAAAUCCUUUGAUUACAAGCCUUACGACAUUUUCCGUGUUUGCACAGGAAAAACUGGCCGUCACGACUACCCGUCGGUGACGUACCACGCACCCAGCAAGGGAGAAGUGAUUAACCAAACCGCUCUGUUGCAGGACAUUCUGUAUGAUGGCGUGAUCGCUCCCAAAUUUGUAACGAUAUCUCGCUCAGUACGGGAAGGCUUCGCGCCGAGGAAACAUAUUUCGCUUAUUGAGAGCCAUGUGCUUGCCACCGUGUUUCAGGUAGUGAACAAAAACAACUCAGCUGUGCAUUACGACAAAGAAUUGUUUUGGGGAGUACACGGCUGGGAGCUCCGAGAUAAGCUAGUCAAUACCGCCGGGCCAAUAUGGAACAACGUUGUCCUGUGAGCAAUGUACACCCCUAUUCGUCUUGAAUAUUAUUUACUAGUAUUGAAAGUUUUGUUCCCCAUCUGAUUAAGGUGGGGUUCUGACAGUUCCACCUUCUUCAUGUGUGACCAAGACUAGAGUGCAAAUCAUCUGUACUAGAACCAUUUUCUAAGGUAAUAUGUAUACGGACCCAAAUCCGUCCACCCUACAUAUGUGUGAUGUAAACUGGCAAAUGCAUGACAACAGGACCAAAUGUAAUACGAUAAGAGUCGACAAAAAUGUGAACAACCAUCUGCACUGUAUAAUACAUAUACAACUACUCACUGUGGCUAUACCUAUAAGAAGAUAUAACAAAUCAAGGGAAGGAUCGGUUUCUAUUGUAUUAACAUGAUGUCUGGGUCGGUUAUAUCUGUGGUAUACAUAUGAUAGCUCGCACCGAUCGAUUUGUGCCAAGAGUUUGGACAAAGCUGAGCAGCUAUACGCUGUUCUGCAAGGCAUGCAGUAUAUUAUGUGAGUGGUAGAGGUAUACUUUGUACGUUCAUCACACAGACUGUGGUGCUUCAUGAAUGACACACCUUGUAUGAACAACCUCCCUUCUACUACUAUAUGGGAGACGACAAUCGCGAAAAUUUAAAGGAACAUUCUUCUUAUAUGAUUUGGAUAACUUAUGAAUUCGCUUCACCUAUAUGAACGAUGCGGCGACAGUGCUUUACCACAACAGUCUGUUUUGUGAAUAUCAGCGACACGUGGCUUGUGGGCAACCUUAUACCCUCUACCACUAGAAGAACAAUUAUGAAAAUGUAAUGAAACCUUGUGCAAUAAGAUCCUCGCUCGGCUCUCAUUUCCGUGUAUUAAGUACAGACUUAUGACUGUGCAUUUCUCAGAUUCGCUCGGAUUCAUUGUGACGCUUGGAAGUUUUUCAUUACCCCACAUGCAAUGGGGUAUACAUACAGUGUGCUGUUUCAACUGUCUUGUACACCAUCCACUCUUGAGGCUCAGAUGGAGGAUUGUGACGUUUUACAGCCAAGGCUUACUUGAACAACAAUUCACACCCAUGCUUGACAGUGCACGUAAUUUUACAAUCUUUACCAGAAACAGACAUAACCUGCUCUCUAUACAAGUAUCAAGGAGCUUUGGUUGGUCAAAUUCGUCCUUUACUUUUUGAAAUAUUUCACAUUUUAGUACAUGAGAAUAAAUUGCGAAAUGCACCAGUGGAGUGCUGAGACAUACAGCAGGUAUGUUCAAUUAAGCCUCUGUCAGCUUUACCGUUUUAGCUGGCCUUGCAUCCUGGACAAGUAAACUGUUAGACAACCUUUAAACCUUACAAUAAAUUUUAAUUAACAUUCACUGAGAUGCAUGAUUCAUUUAUGUAUAUUUAUAUACAACAAAUGCAGCACUACAGGUCUGUGAUACAUGUAUAUAUAUACGCGGCUAUACCUAUACGUCACUUUGUACACUAAAUGGUGACCCAUAUGAACCCGUUAUUCACUAUACCGUCCAUAUACUGUUUUGUAUUUAUAUGCCGUCCAUCCACUGUAUUUUAUUACGCCCACUUGACAAGCCGAUCGCCUUAACUUGUCUGGUUUAAAGUAAAAUAUAGAUGACUCAUAUAUAAUGUGUCGUUAAACUUUUAUGUCAAUUUGUAGGUCAGGCUGUUAUGUGUUGGAAGUCCAUCCACGUUCCUAAACUUAUAGAGUUUCCCGAGAUAUAUUACUGAAAGACUACAUGUAUCACUAGGUUUGGUGUUGUAUGCAUAUAGUAUGUGCUAAAAUUACAUUUUUGUAGAAACAUAUAAAAUCAAGAAACCAAGGAUUGACGCCAUAUAUGUAGUCUAUAUGUGUUUGAGUCUGUAAAUGACGUGUAUGUGUAUCUAUUUUCAUGUAUCCAGACUUAUUAGUUCUUAUUGAUAUGUCAUUGAUAGCUUAGGCUAAGCACUGUUCCUGUGUUUCGGUUUGACGUAAAUGGGGUAAACUGUAUUGCCGAAUGAGUAUAAUUUUAAUAAGCAGUUGACUCAUGCAUGAUAGGGUGCAUGCAUAUAUAAGAAGACGUAACAUUGGGUACACAGGAAAACGUCCUGAUCGGCGUAUAAUAAGGGAAUUUGUCAUGAAUACAGAAAGGUGUCCGUGACAGUACAAGGUCAGUGAAUUCAGUAGAGGGCGUGUCCUUGUUAGAUUGAGGCGUUGUCCCGUUAUAUAGGCCUUUAUGGCUGUGGCCUGUGAAUUCUGCGUAACAUGAAGAAACUUGCACGUCCCGCCUUAUACCAUUAAUGUGACGGCCCGAUUCAA